GUCGCGGCGCAUGCGGCGGCGGCGGCGUCGGCGGCGGCGGCAGACGAGCGCGCGACCCUUGGCUGCGUGUGCUCCUCGGCGGUCAGUCGCCGCUAACGCACGCCGGACGUGCCCGUCGAACGCCCGGUGGUCCCCCCACCGCAAUAAUCACGCUCGCGAAAUCCCGCGAAGAGUGCGCGACAAGACACAUCGUCUUCUGUGUUAUUGCGAAAACAUAUUAUUAUUAAUAUAAUAAUAUUAUAAUAUCAACACAAUCGUUAUGAUAAUCGUAUCAAAUAAUAAUAAUUUACAGACGAGACCGCCGUCACGAGAUAAAGUAAUAAUAUAAUAUAAUAUAAUACUGUGCGUCCGUCGCGAUAAUAAGAUAUUAUAGAAUAUUAAACAUCGUUUGGGCAUAAUAUAAUUCUAUUAAAUCUCGUCGUCCUCCACGGGCCGUUUGAGAUAUUUUAUGAUAUUAUUGUUGUUAUUGAUAUCAUUAUCAUCACUACUGUUACGACUUACGUGCGUCGAUCGUACUUGCGAUUUUUCAGCCCCGUAGCUCCUCCUCCGGAGAGUAUUAGUUAGUGUCACGAAUCGAAGUUUCGGUUGUUUUCUGUUUGGUUUUCGCGUGCGAACGAAAGGACCGUAAACGGAAAAAAAAAAUUAGUAUUUAAUCAUAAUUUUAACACCGCGUGUGCGAUGCGGUUUUCGAUAUCGCUGUGCUCUCCGGAUAGUCGUCGUCGUCAUUACCGCCGGUGCCGCCGUGACCUAGUGAUCUCUCGGAGGAACGUCGUCCGAUCGUCAUAAAUACACACAGUUUGUACACAAGCACAAAUCGAAGUCACGAUGAUUAUGGAAUCGAUCCAAAUCCAAUAGUCACGUUAUUAUAAUUUUCGACAAAGUUGGGUCACAUAGGUUGUCAAGCUAUAUUAAAAUCGAUAAAUUAAGACUUUUUGGAGUGCUGCAUUUUUUGGCCAAUAGGUGUUUCUGGCAGCCGAACCAAACUAUCGAACGCACCGUCAUGCGGGACGUCCGCUGCUGUUGACGCGAUCGGACGACAGACGUUAAAUAAUCAUAUUGAUAACGACUAUCGUUCACUGAGUAGCUUUGAUGAUAAUAUGACGUUAAGUCGGUGGCGAUGACUGUCGUCGCCUCGGUGACGACGACGACGACGGAAACGACCGCGACAGACACUGCGACCACACCGCAACGAUGACGGGAACGACAACGUGGUCGGCUGCGACCGCGGCGGCGGUUCCGUCGACGGCCGCGGACACGUGGUAGUGUGCGGCCGCUCAACCGGCUCGGUCGCUGUUCGCGGUCGUCGUGUGCGCCUGGCGUCGGGCGACAACAGCAACAACAACAACAACAACAACCAAAACAACACCGACAACACCGAGGCGGCGGCGGCGGGGGCGGCGGCCGUCGCGACGGCCGCUCGUCCACGACUGCGACGCGACCGACGGUACGUCGCGCUGGCCCGCUGACCGCGUCGCGGCGACCACCACUGCCCGCGCGCGCGCACCGGCCUUCCCGAACGCACGCGAACGGUGCACCGUCCGUCCACGCUUACCCACGACCGCAGAACACCCGCCGCCGGUGGCCGGGCCCGAUGAACCGGACCGAGUGCCAGACGCUGCGCGACUCGCUGGUGUGGAGGGACGCGCAGGUGUUGAGCACCCUGGUCGGCCUGUCUUUCAUCGCGCUCAUCGUGACCGUCGGCAACACGCUCGUCGUGGCCGCCGUGUUCAACAGCUCCAAGCUCCGGUCGCCCACCAACACGUUCAUCGUUUCGCUGGCCGUGUCCGACCUCAUGGUCGGCGUGGCCGUGUUGCCGUUCAGCGCCACCUGGGAGGUGUUCAAGGUGUGGCUGUUUGGCGAUUACCUUUGCUCCGUGUGGCUGGCCGUGGACGUGUGGAUGUGCACGGCCAGCAUCCUGAACCUGUGCGCCAUAUCGCUGGACAGGUACCUGGCCGUCACCCGGCCGGUGCAGUACCCGAGCCUGAUGACCAGCUUCCGGGCCAAGGUUCUGGUGGUGAUCGUGUGGGUGCUGAGCUUCGUCAUAUGCCUACCGCCGCUGGUCGGCUGGCGGGACACCCACAUACCGCCCGAGGCGUCCACGGUGCUGAUCCGGAACGAGCUGUACCGGAACGGCACCGGCGGCCGGCCGCAGCAGGAAGAGCUGCCGCCGUCGUGCCCGUGGAUCUGCGAGCUGCCCAACAACAAGUGGUACGUCGUGUACUCGGCGCUGGGCUCGUUCUACAUACCGAUGUUCGUCAUGCUGUUCUUCUACUGGCGCAUCUACAAGGCGGCCGUGCAUACCACCCGGGCCAUCAACCAGGGGUUCCGGACGAUGCGCAGCCGCCGGACGUUCGGCAACCGGUUCGACGAGCAGCGACUCACGUUGCGCAUACACCGGGGCCGCGGCUCGUCGCUCAAGCACGCGGCCACCGCGUCACCGUCGUCCGCUGCCGUCACCGCGGCCAACGGCCCGGGCGGUGGGUCGCCGGACGUGAACCGGCCGCCGAACAGCCGGCGGCCGUCGGUCCGGCGCAGCAACCACGAGCGGAUCAAGAUCAGCGUCAGCUACCCGAGCUCUGACUGCAUAAGCGCAGCGGCCGCGGCCGCGGCCGUGGCCACCGUAACUACGGCCACCACCUCGGUGGACGCCAACGGCAACUCGCCGCCCGAGACGCUUAGCCAAAAGUCGCGGAGUUCGUUCUCGUCCACGACGUCGCCGACCAGCUCCAGUCCACUUUACGCCGUCCACUACACGGCGGCCGAGACGUACCAUCACCAGCGGGCCGCCACCGUCCGGUCAGUGGCCGACACGUCCGUUUGUCAGCUGCGUGUGGCCGGUGGCAGCCGGAAGGAACACCGCCGGUGCAGUGCUGGCGACACGGCCUCGCCGCACUCGCGUCUCCUGUUGACGUCGUCGCCGGGCGGAGACCAUCACCACCAUCACCAGCACGGCGGCGGCGGGGGAACAGCGGUCGGGCGACCCGCGUCCUGUUCCGUCACAUCAGUCAAAGACCAACUGUCGCCGUCACCGUCGUACGACGAGUCCACUGGUGGCGGUGGUGGCGGUGGUGGUGGCAGUAGUGGUGGGGCAGGCGCGAGCGGGGGAAGCGACGUCGGGCUUGGGCGCGGCGGCCUCGGGUCCUCGAACAGCAAGUCCAAGUUCGCGUCGAAGAUGAUGGGCGGCGGCAAGCGGAACAUCAAGGCCCAGGUGAAGCGGUUCCGGAUGGAGACCAAGGCGGCCAAGACGCUGGGCAUAAUCGUCGGCGGUUUCAUCGUGUGCUGGCUGCCUUUCUUCACCAUGUACCUGGUACGGGCUUUCUGCCCCACGUGCAUACAACCCACCCUGUUCUCCGUCAUGUUCUGGCUGGGCUACUGCAACAGCGCCAUCAACCCGAUGAUCUACGCGCUAUUCAGCAAGGACUUCCGGUUCGCGUUCAAGCGGAUCAUAUGCCGGUGGUGCUGUUGGGCGUCCGCCAGCGAUUCAACGGCCGGCCUGGGCGGCGGCGGACUCACCGUCGCCGACUACGGCCGCCGCAAGGGGUCGGAUGGUUCCCAACUGGGCGCCGGCGGCCACGGCGGCGCGUCGCCCCGGAACAGGUACAUCGUGACGAGUUCAGGUGCCGGGGCCACGGGUUCCGACGAGUGCAGCACGCGCAGCAUGCGUCUGCUCCAGUACUCGGACAGCGAACCGCUCAACGAACCGUGUUCGGACGACAGGUGAUGGCCACUGCGCGAGCGACCACUGCGCCGCUGUAAUGAUGUUACUAUAAAAAUAUAUUAUAAUACGCAGGUACGACUCCUGUUCGGUGCGACGAUUGUUUUCGCAUUAUUAAUUAUUAUUAUAACUCUUAAACGAAAUAAUAUAUUAUAUACAAAUACACUAAUAUAAGUUUAUAAUAAUUAUUAUAAAUAUUAUUAUAAAUAUUAUUAUUAUUAUUAUUAUUAUAUACGAUAAAAUAUUAUUAUGUGUUUCCGUUACCCACUCAUUAUUAUUAUUAUUAUUAUUAUUAUUAUUAUUAAUAUUAAUAUUAUACGCAUUGUGUAAUUACAAAUUAUUAUUAUUAUUAUUAUUAUUAUUAUGUUUACCGACAUGAAUAAUAUUGUGUUUUAUCCUUUUAUAAUACGUUACGUGUAAACCGUUACAAUAUUAUGUUUUUUAGUCUCGUCGUGUAACGUCUUAGGACGAACGAAUAUUAUUGCAAACACGAGUUCUGUUGCUUUGUCGUUUACCGACCGAUCGUCCUCAUAACGAUAUUAUUAUUUAUACAACACACAAGACAUCGAUUCACUCCGUUUAUAUAACAAUAACAAUAUUGUAGCACAUGAUAAUAUGAUAAUAGAGUUGGUGGAAUUAUUUUAAAACAUUUUUUAUUUCAUUUUUCGACGACGACGACGACAUGUGUGUCGACGCCCUCGUUAAAAAAAAAAAAUCGAAAUAACGGUCUACGAGAGUGGCACUUUUGAAGAGUAUAAUUAUUAUGGUUAUAUAUCUACAUAAUAUAAUACGCGGGGUGGUUUCGAGCACGCCAACCAUCCCCUUUUUUCUUUAAUAACGUAGUUAAUCAAAAUCUGUUUUUUUUUUUAAUUUAUAAAUACACUGGAGGACACCAUCGUUUCGGAGAAAAAAGGGUGGUUCUUUUUCCGCCGCCGUAAAUUAUGCGCAGACGAUUUUUCCGAAAACGUUGACGUCAACAUUCGAACGAGUAGUUUUCGAGUUGUUUAACUAUUCGAGUGCACCAUAACGAUAAUAGGUACACGAUAAGAAAGAUGGGAGCUACGGUGAUUUGAACAUUUUAGUUGGGCAAUAUUAAUCUACCGACACUGGCGACACUGAUCAUAUUCGUAAACUUGGUCCUGGUAUAAUAAUCAACACUAGAUCCAAUUUUAUAUCCAAUUUAUGUUUUCGUAUAACCGUUUCAAGGACGAUUAUCUUCGGUAUAAACAUUUCGAUUCAACUGAAAAACUACUCGUUGGAAUUUAACCGCGUAAAUCGACAUUUGAAAAAAUAAAAUGAUCCACUAAACAAUUUACACUGAAAGUGAAAGGAAUCAAUAGAAAAACAGAAGUUUGUAUGGCCACAGGACACACCUCCACAAUAGGACAAAAAUAUUCUUGGGGGACGAGGUGGCCGAGCGGUCUAACGCGUCGACUGCGGCGCUGGCAGUCGCGGGUUCGACUCCCGGCCACUGGGCGGCAUUUUUCUUCGGGCAAGUCACGGUGUCCGGAGAACAAGUGCCGCCAUCCCCCACCCGGGCAUGGCAGAUACCUACGGGUGCCCAAAUUGAAAAUUCUGCCAAAACCCAACACACACGUGUUCCCCCCUACUACUACCAACAAUACAAUACACCUAACCAAAACCAUACACCAAAAAGACCAUACAGCUAAUGGCCAUAGUUGCCGGGCUUACGAUCAAAAAAAAAAAAAAAAAAAAAAAAAAAAUAU